AUGGUUACUGUGUGCAGGUCUAAUCCUCUGGGUCUCUCCUUCUCUCUCUCUCCAGGUUUCUCUAUUCUGCAGGCCAUCAUGGAGGCAGCAGUAGCUAACAACUGGCAGGUGACCGCUCGCUCCGUUAGCGGCACAACCGACGCAUCUGAGUUCAAGCGCAUCAUUGAGGAGAUGGAUAGGAGGCAGGAGAAGCGCUUUGUGAUUGACUGCGAGGUGGACAGGAUCAACACCAUACUGGAACAGGUUGUGACCCUGGGGAAGAACAGCCGUGGUUACCACUACAUUCUGGCCAAUCUUGGAUUUACUAAUGUGAGCUUGGACAAAGUCUUCGCUGGUGGAGCCAAUAUUUCUGGGUUUCAGAUCGUCAACCCUGAGAACCCGAUAGUGCAGCAGUUUAUGCAGCGCUGGGAGCGGCUAGAUGAAAGAGAAUUCCCAGAAGCCCGAAACACUCCUCUGAAGUACACUUCAGCUCUGACCCAUGAUGCCAUCCUGGUGAUAGCAGAGGCCUUCAGGUACCUGCGGCGCCAACGUGUGGACGUGUCUCGCCGGGGCAGCGCUGGAGACUGCCUAGCCAAUCCUGCCGUUCCUUGGAGCCAAGGCAUCGACAUCGAGAGAGCUCUCAAAACGGUUCAAGUGAAUGGUAUGACUGGGAAGAUCCAGUUUGACAACUACGGCCGCAGGACCAACUUCACCAUAGAUGUUUAUGAGAUGAAAACAGGUGGGCCGAGGAAGAUUGGGUACUGGAACGAGUACGCACGAUUUGUAAAUAUUAUGGACGCGCAGGUCACCAACGACUCAGUGGAAAACCGAACGAUUGUGGUCACUACUAUUAUGGAAGCUCCUUAUGUGAUGUACAAGAAAAAUUAUAUGCAUCUGGAUGGGAAUGACAGAUAUGAAGGCUACUGCGUCGAUUUAGCAUCAGAGAUUGCCAAACAUGUUGGAAUUAAGUACAAACUGUCUAUAGUAAUGGAUGGGAAGUAUGGAGCCCGAGACCCCGAGACCAAGACGUGGAACGGGAUGGUUGGCGAACUGGUCUAUGGGAGAGCAGAUAUAGCUGUUGCACCUCUCACCAUUACUCUGGUUCGAGAGGAGGUGAUAGACUUUUCCAAGCCCUUUAUGAGCUUGGGGAUCUCCAUUAUGAUAAAGAAGCCCCAAAAGUCCAAGCCUGGCGUGUUCUCCUUCCUGGACCCGCUGGCCUAUGAGAUCUGGAUGUGUAUAGUGUUUGCCUAUAUUGGGGUGAGCGUGGUCCUGUUCCUGGUCAGUCGGUUCAGUCCUUAUGAGUGGAACCUCGAUGAACAGGACGAGACCAAAGACCCCCAGACGCCCCCAGAUCCGCCAAAUGACUUUGGUAUCUUCAACUCCCUCUGGUUCUCUCUGGGCGCCUUCAUGCAGCAGGGCUGUGACAUCUCCCCCAGAUCUCUGUCAGGCCGCAUUGUCGGUGGUGUUUGGUGGUUCUUCACCCUCAUCAUCAUCUCCUCCUACACAGCCAACCUGGCUGCCUUCUUGACAGUGGAGAGGAUGGUCUCUCCUAUAGAAAGUGCCGAAGAUUUAGCUAAGCAGACAGAGAUAGCGUAUGGCACUCUGGACUCAGGCUCCACAAAAGAGUUUUUUAGGGUGAGUAGAAGCAGAAAGUACAGCACUUUUGACCCGCACAAGAUUGCCCCAAAUGAGGCAUGUUGA